CUGUAUGGUUAGGUUGGGCAUUUACCUUUCCUAUGCAACACUGAUUACUGAUAUGGGACACCUGAGGACCUGGCAAGGCUCUCAGUUUCUUUAAACCCUGACUGCCAACUAAUCUCUCUCUGCUCUUCUCUGCAGAACAGUGUGACAGUGUUCAACUGUGCCAGAUUCACAGAUGGGAGGGGCCCUCUGAUCAUUUAUGAGCCUGUCCUCGAGGUCACGCAGCAAUCGCCCUACAUUUGAAUGGCCACAUCAGCACACAGAUAAUCAGUGAGAUAAAGGACAACAUCUUCCAUGCCAGCUCGGUAAGGGUGAGAGUGGAGGGUGGGGGCUGAUAGCGAGAGGGGUAUAAAUGAGGGCCAGUUGGUUCCCAGUGCCUUGUAACAGAGAAGCUUGCAACCAUGGCGUUCAAUGGGACCUGGAAAGUUGACCGCAAUGAGAACUAUGACAAGUUCAUGGAGCAGCUGGGUGUCAACGUCGUAAAACGCAAGCUGGGUGAGCAUGACAACCUUAAGAUCACUAUCGAGCAAACCGGAGACAAGUUUCACCUCAAAGAGUCCAGCACUUUCCGCUCCAAAGAGAUCGACUUCACCCUAGGCGUGCAGUUUGAAUACACCAUGGCUGACGGCACCGAACUCAUAGGUACAUGGGUGCUGGAGGGUGAUAUCCUGAAAGGUACUUUCAACAGGAAAGAUAACAAUAAGUUACUGACCACCACAAGAGCUGUGGUGGGAGGAGAGCUUGUGCAGAGUUACAGCUAUGAAGGCGUGGAAGCAAAGAGGAUUUUCAAGAAGCAUUAACCAGGAUCCUGCCUGUUUAUACUUUUAUUUUUACAUAACUGACGCAACAUAUUGUUUUUUCUUUCUUAAAAGUGGAAAACGGCCAACUUAAAGUGUACUCUUAGAACAUUUUUACAUGUACCUGGAAAUGUUUUUAUAUAUAUGUAUAAAUACCUUUGGGGAUGAAUCAUUGUAAUGGUGCUUUACUGCCAAUACUUGAGUGAAACAACAACAAAAACAGAAAAGUAUCACCCCCUAAGUGAGAGCUGGUGACCUUGUCAGACACAUUCUGUACUCUGAGUUAUCUGGUUCUCGGGCCAGGUCAGGGAGUUUUCCGGUCUGAAUAAAGGGUGUUGAAAAGUG